AUGGCAAUUAAUAAAUGUGGAGACUUUACUACUUUUUGGAAGUUUUUUUCCGAUGAAUUGAAUGAAUCUAAAGAAUAUGAUUUUAAAAGUAGAUUUUUUAAUGAAUACUGCCCUGAUGGAAACUGCAAUAACGAUAAUGAAAAGAUUAACGCUGGAUGUUUACGGUUAAUUAAUUAUUUUUUCAUUAAAUUGGGUUUUUCAGCUGAUUCCAAUACUCUUAAGAGUGAUGCAGUAUGCAUUAUAAUAUGGCUAGGUUAUAUUUUAAGCCUAAAGUCACAAGACGGAAUCAACACAAUAAACGAUUUUUAUUCUAGUCAUAUAGAAAAUAACAAGGAGUACUCUAAGCAUAAAAUUAAUCAUGAAACAUAUAACAAUUAUAAGAAAAUCAUAGACGAAACAAGGGAAUAUAUGAAUAUUAAUAUUAGUAAUAUGCCUAAAUUUUAUGAAUUACUUAAAUUGUUAUGUAAUAUGAAUACUGCUUAUACGACAGGUAAAAGUAACGAUUUUUCAGAAUCUGCUAAGAAAUUUGCUGAUGAAUAUCAAAAACUUUUUGAUCAUGAUAAUAAUAUUGAAAACAGUUCAUACAGUAAAGUAUUACUUGUUUUAUCCAAUUAUUAUAAUAAUUUUGGCAAAGGCACUGAUUAUAAUAAUACAUCAAUAACUCGUCCUAAAUUACCAACAGAAAAAACACCCAAACAAGAUAAUGUAGGAGGUCUUAAAGUAACUAAAGUAACUAAAGCAACUGAAAUAUUGAGUGAACAAGGUAAAUCAGAUAUUGCAACGGCAACCCCAAGUUCUGACAUUACAUUAUCAGAAUCAUCACUAGUAAAUAAAUUAGUUAUAGCUUUGCCGAUAUUAGCUGCAAUACCAAUUUUUUUGGGAAUUGCUUAUAAGUAUUCGUUAUUUGGAUUUCGGAAACGAUCACAAAAACAACAUUUAAGAAAACAGCUAAAAAAAUAA